UGCAUCUUCUUGCUUUCCAACAUGGCGACCGUUGGCAUGUAGAAUUUUGUUUUUGAGGAUAACAUCACGGAUUAUCGUUACAUUUGGACCAUCUACAAGCUAUUUGGUUUUCAACCCAUCACUGUACCAUCAUUACUAUUCUGUCUUGCAAGUUAAUUUAUUUCACGACUAACUGGGAGAUGUAUCGGCGCGGAGCGGCAAAGAAAGACCACAACAACAAACCGGUGAAGAAGGAUGUGAGUGACAGUGAUAAAUACGCCGACCUCUUGGUGUUCGGCUAUGCCUGCAAACUGUUUCGAGACGACGAAAGGGCUCUUUACCACGAACAUGGAAAACAUCUUAUCCCAUGGAUGGGGGACAAGAGCAUCAUGAUUGAUAGAUACGAUGGGCGUGGUCACUUACAUGACCUUUCAGAGUAUGACAGCGGGUCAUGGAAUACAUCCUACCAGCUGUCAGAGGAGGAGGCGAGGAUUGAGGCGCUGUGUGAUGAGGAGAGGUAUCUGGCUCUGCACACUGACCUGUUGGAAGAAGAGGCUAGACAAGAGGAGGAGUACAAACGUCUGAGUGAGGCUCUGGCUGAUGAAGGCUCCUACAAUGCAGUGGCCUUCAAAUACAGCGCUGACUACUAUGACCCCUCCCAGCCCACGGAGGAGGAGGAUGCUAACAAGGAACCUGAAGAGGCAGAGCCCGAGGAGAGUGAGGAACCAUUCAUUGCUCCCCCUGGGUUGGCUAUCCCUCCUGAUGUGGAACUGCCGGCAACCAUUAAGACCCAUAAUAUCAUCGAGAGGACAGCCAACUUUGUAUGUCAGCAGGGGGCUCAGUUUGAGAUAGUGCUGAAAACGAAGCAGGCUGGUAACUCCCAGUUUGACUUCCUUCGUUUUGACCAUUACCUGAACCCUUAUUACAAACACAUCUUGCGGGCCAUGAAGGAAGGUCGAUAUAACCUUGUCUCUGCCAACAAGCAGGAGCAGUCACAGGAGUCCGACUCUGAUGAUUCAGAUGAGGACGGGGAUGGCAGCUACCUCCAUCCCAGCCUGUUUGCCCCUAAGAGGAGCUCUCGCCUGGAGGAACUGGUGAAGCCUCUUAAAGUAAUGGACCCAGACCAUCCUCUGGCAGCACUUGUACGAAAAGCUCAACAAGAAAGAAAUGGCACUGCAGCAAUGGUAACCAAACCAGAGGAAGUGACAGACCCAGCUGCAUCUAGCACACCAGUGCAAUACACUGCUGACCCAAAUGCAGCAGCAAUGUACUAUGGAUACUACAUGCUUCCUGAUGGAACAUUCUGCUUGGCCCCGCCACCCCCAGGGAUAGAUGCAACCUCUUACUACAACAAUAUGCCUUCAGCUGUAAUGGCUGCUCCGCCUACUUCUUCUGGGACUUUGCCUCAUUUGGGGACUACACCCACCCCUCCUGAAACUAUUGCCAUAGCACCACCAACUACAGCCCCCUCUCAGGUCCCCAGCUCUGCUGCUCCUUCAAGUGUAACAGAAACCAGUUCAAAAGCUGAAGGUCAAGCUUCCACACCAGCAGCACCAGCCAUCAUUCCCCCACCGCCUGACAUCCAGCCAGUCAUAGACAAGCUGGCUGAGUACGUUGCAAGGAACGGUUUAAAGUUUGAGGCCAGUGUCCGUGCCAAGAAUGAUCCACGGUUUGACUUUUUGCAGUCUUGGCAUCAGUACAACACCUAUUACGAAUUUAAGAAAAAUUACUUCAUGCAGAAGGAAGGAAAAGGCUUGGCAGAGAGUGGGACAGCAGACGAUGGUGAUAAGCUUCAGUCAGACAAGUCAGUUAAUGAGUCAAAGCUGACUAAAGCCUCAUUUGCCCCCAUCUGUUUUGCCAUCAAGGCAAAGGAAAAUGACUUGCUGCCGCUGGAGAAGAACAGAGUUCGACUGGACGAUGACUCAGAUGAGGACAAGUUGCUGGAGGAGGAGGGGCUAGAAGCCGUGAUGGGUGGAGCCGAGUUGGUUGACAAGGAGCUUCCUCCAGUCAGUGCACCAGAAGAGAAGAAACCCUCCCUCAGUUUGGAGGAGCUGGAGGCAAAACAAGCCAAGCAAAAACUGGAAGAUCGUCUGGCAGCUGCAGCCAGGGAGAAGCUGGCCCAGGCGUCUAAGGAGUCCAAGGAGAAACAGCUACAGGCGGAGAGGAAGAGGAAGGCAGCCCUCUUCCUGCAGACCCUCCGCAGCCCCUUUGCUGGAGAGCCUGAGGCCAAGAGAAUUGAGCUAGACUCAUCUGCACAGCUUGAGAUGCAAGAAGCCCUUUCCGUUCUGUCUGACCUUGCACCUUCCCAAGUCUCCUCUGCAACAGCUGCGUAUCCUCAGGAUCAGAGGACCCCUGUAGAGAGCCAAGGAGCCUAUCGCAGCAGGGAGGCCCCAUCCUGCUCGUCCUCAACCUCCCACAUUACCUCCAGAGGAGCAGACCGAGACCGAAACAGAGACCGAGACAGAGACAGAGACAGAGAUCGAGAUCGAGAUAGAGAAAGGAACAAAGGGAGGGACAAAGAGAAAAAGAAGAAGAAACACAAGAGGAGGUCAAGGUCAAAGUCGAAGAGCAGACACUCCCUUCCCAGUGCCUACAGGAGAGCCCGCAGGUCCCGAUCCCGUUCACACUCCCCGGGAAGAAGGGACAGGAGGGGCAACUCAUCAGAGAGGAGACGUGAAGAGAGAGACCGGGAGCGCUAUCAUCCCAGCACCAGCUCCAGCCUGCCCAGGGGGCAUUCGAGAUCCAGGUCCCCUCCUGAAAAAAGGAGGAGCUCCUUGUCAUCCUCCGGACAGAUGCAAACUGUGGGUUCCUCUCUCUCCCCAUAUUCCUCACCCGGCAGAGUUUUGUCCCCGUCAGCUAGCCCUGCCUCCAGCCUGGCCCACUCCAGGGCUGGUUCUCAGGAGAAAGACAAGGCAGUGUCCUCAUCCAUAGUAUCCUCUGUUCAGUCCAAAAUAACUCAGGAUCUGAUGGCCAAAGUACGAGCCAUGCUUGCCACCUCCAAGACCUUCCAACCUCCCAAUUCCUAAAGAGGGCAUGGUUUUCUAUUAGUCAUGUCAAUCUUGGCCAAUUAGCGAGCAGCAUUCUCCAAUUUCAUGGAGAUUUAUCUGAUCUGAUCUGUUUCCCUGUGUUUUCCUUGAUUAAUUAUUUCAUUGUGAUAUGAGCAUCAACAGAUUCAGUUUGGCUGCAUUAUGUCUUCUGCGGCAUCAUAAGAGUGAAGUAAAGGCGCUCAUUAAGCUGAAGUAUCUGGUUUCGCACCUGACCUGAGAAAACAGUUCAUCAGCUUGGAUGACGGCAGUUGACAUAUUUUGGUGCAGAGAGACUUAAAUGAGGAAUUAAUUCAUGUUAUUUUGCAUCCUGUUUUAAGACACACUCCUUUUCUCCCACCUGUUGAAAGUCAUUCUUUGCAGUAUUACCUUAAGCUGCUGGGGGUCUGUAUUCUCUCCUUCUAUGAAGGGUUGUGUUGUUUUCAUAAUUUCAUUUCUCUCUGCCCUCAUCUGCUAUCUCCACUGUUGUUUUCCCUCUUUAUUUCCUUCCCAAGCUGUCUGUUCUCUCCAGCACCUCAACCCAUCUACUUAAGAAGCUGUUUUAAUUUUUUACUCUGUCCCUCAGCUCUAGUGCGUGGCCUUCUAUUUCUGUUCCUGGUUUGUACUGUAAUGAAUUUAAUGCAGAACUACUUUCUAAU